CAAAGCUGAACGUCUUCCAUUACUGCCAGAGGUGCAGACCUCGGGAAUACCCAAGUCUGAACUGGAUAAAACAGCCAGGAAAUGGAUCCACAGCGGGCAUAGCGUGCUUAAAAACCGAGCCUCGUUGGCUAGGGUGACGGCAGGACAUUAGCCAAACCGGCGAAAAUUACAUUAGUUUUUUUUUUUCUCGGGGUGCUUUGUCUUGGCCACCUAACGUUGGUAGACCAUCAUUGCUGUUCCGAUUGCAAGCUUUUCAGCUAGUGAUUACUAGCUGGGGCUAGGAUGUAUCGCCAUGUCGUCAUCUAAAAGUUACUGAUAGGACGCCUGAUUCUGGAAAAAAGAGAAAAAGGAAAAAGGACAGAGGAUAUCGCCGAGGUCCCAACGGGGUGCCACAGGGAUCUGAAUCUGUUAACCAUAGACGCGGAGCCUCCUGUUAUCGGCGAUAUGGCGGAGCAGGGAUACUCGUCUUGGGCGUAUUCCCUGGUUGACUCCAGCCAGGUAUCCACCUUCCUUAUCUCCAUCCUUCUCAUUGUCUAUGGCAGCUUCAGAUCAUUAAACAUGGAUUGUGAGAAUCAGGAGAAGGAUAAGGAUGGCAACGCCUUGACAACAGGGUCCUUCAAUAACAGCAACACAAACAACAGUAUUCAGACCAUAGACUCCACACAGGCCCUGUUCCUGCCCAUAGGAGCUUCUGUGUCUCUGCUAGUCAUGUUCUUCUUCUUUGACUCUGUACAGGUGGUGUUCACCAUUUGCACUGCAGUUCUUGCUACAAUUGCAUUUGCAUUCCUCUUGUUGCCAAUGUGCCAGUAUCUGACCAGACCCUGCUCCCCGCAAAACAAGAUCUCGUUUGGCUGCUGUGGGCGCUUUACUCUGGCUGAGCUCCUCUCGUUCUCCCUUUCUGUCAUGUUAGUGCUCAUCUGGGUGUUGACUGGACAUUGGCUACUCAUGGAUGCACUAGCCAUGGGUCUGUGUGUAGCCAUGAUAGCCUUUGUGCGGCUUCCCAGUCUAAAGGUGUCAUGCCUGUUGCUGUCAGGUCUACUCAUCUAUGAUGUAUUCUGGGUGUUCUUCUCAGCCUACAUCUUCAACAGUAAUGUUAUGGUUAAGGUGGCAACUCAGCCAGCAGAAAACCCCAUAGAUGUCCUUUCCAGGAAGCUUCACUUGGGACCAGGGAUGGGUCGUGAUGUUCCCCGCCUCUCCCUUCCUGGCAAACUGGUUUUUCCAAGUUCCACAGGGAGUCACUUCUCCAUGCUGGGGAUAGGGGACAUUGUGAUGCCCGGCUUACUGUUAUGCUUUGUACUGCGCUAUGAUAACUAUAAGAAGCAGGCGAAUGGGGAGGUCCCGGGGCCUGGUAACAUGUCUGGACGGAUGCAGCGUGUCUCCUAUUUCCACUGCACCCUUAUUGGAUACUUUGUGGGACUGCUGACCGCCACCGUGGCCUCCAGGAUCCACCGCGCGGCUCAGCCUGCCUUGCUCUACCUGGUGCCCUUCACCCUACUGCCUCUCCUCACUAUGGCCUACUUGAAGGGGGACCUGCGGCGCAUGUGGUCAGAGCCCUUCCAUGCCAAGACCAGCAGCUCCCGUUUCCUGGAAGUAUGAUGCAUCCUGAAAUACACAACCAGCAGGGGGAGGACCACAGAACCCUACCCUUGACAGAGGGAUGGAGAUAGGGUGCACUCAAAGAGAGGCCAUGUUCUCGUCAUCACUAGUUCAUGUUUUCUGCCAGUCCUUUGUGAAACCCUCAGAAGGACAGCAGUGUUUGGACCACAAUGCCCAACAACUUAUAUAUUGUCGUUGUUCCCAACAUUUAGGGGGGUUUUUUUCUGCUUCUUUAUAUCGCUUUUAUUCAAGUCUGUUCAUUAUAGAACAUGCUUUCCAUACUGUUUCUCUCUUUUUUUAUUACACUUUCUUCACAUGGCUCCUUCCAUAUCUCCAGCCUCUCCUGUUGUCUUAGUCUCUUUCUCUGGGCCUGCCAUUCAUCGUCGACCCCUCAAUCUCUGUAUUUCACUGACUCAGAUGAACAUGAGGGUCAAGCCUCCCCUUUUUGUGGACUUACGGUUGUGAAACAUGAUCAGGACUUUCUUUUUUGUAAUACAUUGUCGUGGUCAUCAUUAUGGCUCUUGUUAUUGUUAUUGUUAUUAUUAUUAUUAUUAUUGUUAUGAUUAAGGAUUGAUUUCAACAAACAUGCAGUGGAGAAGAGGCGAUGGAUUGCAGCCAUGCAGGAUUGUGACAGUUAUGGGGAGUAGUCACGCCAGGAAGAAGAAUCUUCAUCCUUCCGCUGCCCCCCCCCAAGCUGUCUGUCAUCCCAUCACAGUGGUUCCUUAGCAACACUCCAUCCCUCCUUUUGACAAAUCUUGCCCACCCCAUCGUCCUCUGAUAAUCUACUGCCCCAUAUUCCCCCAUGCUCACAUAUUUCUUGAGGAUUUCUUUUUUUUUUUAAUUCUUGGCAUAUACAGAAUUUAUGCAUCACAAAUUGUGAAUAUGCCCCUUGUAUCAUAGGAAGAACUUCUGUUUGUAUAUAUGUGUACACAUUAGGGUAUCAUCGGGGUAUGCGUUUGUGUUUCUUAUUUGGGGAUGUUUAGCAGAGUUAGGAAGCUAACACCGGACACCAGCCGCAUGCUGGUGAGUUCAGGCUGAUGGGUUUUAGUCGAGCGAUGAGAGAACGUUUUAAGAUUUUAAUCCAAACUGGUUUGACUGGGGCAGUAACAAGGCCGGUGGGGGAGUAACAAGGCCGGUGGACAAAGAGUUAGUUUCCUGCACUGAGUGUGUACGUAUGUGUGUGUGUGUGUGCGCGUAUCUGUGUGUGUGUGUGUGUGUGUUCGUUCAUGGGGCGUGUGCAUGGGCACAUGCAUGCACAAGAGAAUACCGAAUGGGUUUUUUUUGUACCUCUGAUUUGGAGUUCACAGAUGAUAGAACCGACAGUAGUCCGGUUUUCUUCCCCCCGGUGUGUUCAGCAAGUGGUGGGGCAUAAAGACAUAUCUCAUGUGCAACCUGUUGGCACGUUUAUAAAAGUUAACAACAAAUUACUUGAAGGGCCAGCAGUGGAAAUGUAUACUAAUAUAGAAUUUGGGAACCCAUGUUUCAUGUGUUAAAAUGAAUACCGUACCCUAAAAGUAUUUUUUUGUAAAAUUGUCCCCAGACGUUCGAUUCCUUGUUGAGGUUUUCCUCUGAAUAAUCCUUGGUGCGUUUGAGGUGCAAGGCUCGUAAUUGUAAAACGACCCUAUUUAUUGCCACGGUGAGACAAGGUUUGUUUUGACAAAGUUGAAUAAAUAAAUUGGUUAAAUUACUUUUUUCAGUUUAUUUAUAUCGGAAGCAGAUUACUGUUUGAAAGUGAAAACCUGACUAUUGUGAAACUCUGGACUUAAAACCUGCAGGUGAGAGUCAGGGGGACCCUACUGAUGCGUUGGCGCUGGAGCCAUACGUCGUGGUCUCUAUGAGUUGGGUGGUGCCUCCGUAAAUAUAUUGCUUCGAGCGAGAACGCAUGUGGUCCUCCCCCAGGCUUUUAACCGGAGUUGUUUUGGGUGUAUGUUGGCUGUGUGUGAGUACCAGAUCAAAUAGCAUUACCUUCAUGAAGUCUGUUUGGACCUGCAGAAAGGAGACAAUAUAUUGUGACCUUCAGAAUUCAGAAAAUGGGUUGCAGUCAGUGGACCCCGAACUUAAUUCAUUGGAUGAGAUUUCGCUCAUCUUCUGAUAUGCAAUUUACAAUCUUUGAUUUUCAAUUCUCAUUACUCCCGCUGUUGUGGGCCUAGUCGGUUAAUAGCUGGAAAGUGAUGAAUGGAUAAUGCAGGGUUGUUUUUUUGUUUUUGUUUUUUUUGCU